UUCGUGAGCUCAAAAAUUCCUGGAUACUCGAGACGUAUUCCUGUUUUUCUAAACUACGAACUCUCGUGUUCUUCACUACCGUCUACAUGUUCUAGCGGGAGCCAAAUCAAGAAUAAAACAGUCUCGGACUUCGACAAACCCCCGUUCACUACCCAUCUUUACCCCGCGAAACUCAUCUCAGAAGCCAGCCCACCAUGGCGUCCACAACUGAGAUUGAGAACCCCGACCAGCUCGUCACCUCAAACGACCCAAACCACCCUGCGAAUCUCAUUCCCUCCCUAUGCGCAAAGUUCUGGACACUAGGCUGGGUCACCGGCACCGGCGGUGGCUGCUCCAUCCGGGAUGACGACCUCGUCUACCUCGCCCCCUCAGGCGUCCAAAAAGAACUCAUGAAGCCUCAGGACAUCUACGUCCUCUCCCUCGCCGCCCAAGAAGCAUCCCUCAAGAACCGCGUCUACCUCCGCUCCCCGCCCGCCUACAAGCCCUCCCAGUGCACCCCUCUCUUCCUCGCCGCCUUCACCCGCCGCGGCGCCGGCUGCUGCAUCCACACGCACUCCCACUGGGCCGUCCUCGUCACCCUGAUUCUCGAGAGCCGUGGUCCCGGCAACAACAAUAAGCUGUUCGAGAUCAACAAUAUCGAACAGAUCAAGGGCUUCGGAAAGGGGUUCCAGAAGCAAGGGAACCUCGGGUACCACGACACCCUCCGGAUUCCCGUCAUCGAGAACACGGCUCACGAGGAGGACCUGACCGAGUUUUUGGAGGAGGCCAUGGAUAAGUAUCCCGAUACCUACGCCGUGCUGGUGCGGAGGCACGGCGUCUACGUUUGGGGGGAUAACGUCCACAAGGCCAAGACGCAGUGUGAGAGCUUGGACUAUCUUUUCCAAUUGGCCGUUGAGAUGAAACAGUUGGGCGUUCCCUGGAUCAGCGACAUUCCAGUGACUGUUCCUACCAGGUCCUGAAAAGAAGAUUAGCCGAAGAAAUCGGAUCUUAUGACGAAGGCAAGUGGGUGACAAAAUGGGAUGCCGCUCAAUACCCUCCCAUCACUCUUUCUACUAUUCCUGUUACCACUGCUAUUCCUAU